UUACUGUUGAUUUGAACUUUGUUGUCAGUAUCGAUGGUAAGGGUUUGUAACUCGAUGGAUUUGCAAUGGUGAAAGAAAAGCAUGAAAUAUCAUAUGCGACAACUGACAAGUACCUAAAGAUACGUUCGGAGAGCACUUUUGCCUGUUGAAAUGUAAAGAAACCAACUGAGCGAGAUUGAGAGGGCGAAAUCAUCCCGUUACCAUGACUACAGAGGAAGACCAGACCAAGCCCUGUAUCCUAAGUACUAUACCUCUCGCCUUUCAGUGCUCUCCUUCAUGGAACGAUCUCAGAGAGCGAUACAAUGUCAUUCAGUGGGAAGACUUUCUCAAGGAUGAGGAUCGGUAUCUUGAGAAGAUUGAAAUUAUAUUUGUAAUGAGCUCCACCGCUUUCAUCAAAGAAUCUCAACUGAAAAUGAUGAGAAAUAUAAAGCUCUUUCAGACCUGGGGAAUAGGAACUGACGGCAUUGACCUUGCUUUGCUCCAGAAGUACAAGGUCAAGUUAGGAAACUCGCCAGGCGCCACCGCAGAUGCUUGUGCAGAUUUCGCUAUGACCCUGCUCUUAGCGGCUGCUCGCAAGUUGACAGACAGUAUUGCCUCUGUAAAAAGUGACCUUCCCGAUUCCGACCAAUACUGGGAUAAUGUAAUAGCACUGACUGGCAAGGGAGUGUCUGGAUCAAGUCUUGGCAUCUUCGGCAUGGGGGAGAUCGGUUACGAGGUGGCCAAGAGAGCAAGAGGGUUUCGAAUGAAGAUAUUGUACCAUAAUCGCAAUCAGAGAUCGAAGGAAGACGAAGCAGAAGUUCAAGCAAUUUAUUGUUCUUCUCUUGAAACCCUUUUGCCACAAGUUGAUUUCCUCGUCAUCACAGUCCCACUUACCCCCGACACGAGGCAUUCCUUGAACAGAGACACCUUUAAACUCAUGAAACCAAAUGCGAUCCUUGUUAACAUCGCAAGAGGCGGUGUAGUCAAUCACGACGACCUCGUGGAUGCUCUCAGGAACAAAAGCAUUGGCGGUGCUGCCUUAGACGUCACUGAGCCAGAGCCGCUACCUCACGACCACGCCCUCCUAGCCAUGCACAACGUCAUCGUCACGCCCCACAUCAGUUCCUGCACGAAUGAAGCACUGGACGCCAUGACGAAAAGGGCAGUCGACAAUAUUGACGCUGCCAUGUCAGGCAAAGAACUCAUAUAUGAAGUGUCAUGAGGAUACAUUUGUUCAGUGCACAGUCCAUGUGGGGACCGUUUCAACAAGAACUAAAAUGGCAUUCAUCGCAUGUAUCAAACACAUUACGUCAUUGAUGAAUGCAUGGUGCGAGAGAUUAGGAUGAUCACCAUUUUUGUCCUACAACUCGUCAGAUCUAACAACUUUUCUUGAUUUUUAUUGGCUGAGAAGUACAGUUUCUGUGGUAACCGUCGGUAAAACGCCCAGAGCGUACUUUUAUGAAACGCUCUUCGGAACAUGAUCAUUUGGGCUGGUUGCAGAAAGAGUUUCAAUAAAA